AUGGCGCUCUACAAUUGGAUGGUCUUCUCACUCCUGAUCAUCGAGAUCGUCACCUUUAUCGUCCUCGUCAUGCCCCUACCUUUCACCUGGCGCCGAGUACUCUUCCGAUUUCUCGCCACUUCUCCACUGGUCGCCAAGCUCCAAUAUGCCCUCAAAAUCCUUUUCAUCUUCGUCACCGUAUUGUUUGUUGAUUCGGUCCAGAGGAUGAUGAAGAUCCAUCACGAGGGUGAGGCGGCUAAAGAGCAGGGAGCUGGUGUUGGACGAGAUCUGCGAAGCGAGACGGAUUGGAGGAGCCGUAAAUUUCUAAGCGAGAGGGACAUGUACAUGAGAGGCUUUACCCUAUUCCUAUCCCUGAUCCUCUCCCGUACCUUCGCCCUAAUCCUUGACCUCAUCAAAGCCCAAGAAGACCUCGCCACGCUCAAGAAGCAGGCCGCUGGACAAUCACGCGAAAAGGGAUUCUCGGAGGAAGUAGAGAAAAAGUACAAGCAACAGAUCAAAGACUUGCAGGGAGAACUGGACGCCUUGGGCAAACGUGUCGAUGGACCGGGUGGGAACAAAAAGACGAGCUGA